AAAAGCAAUAUUCACCGAGCUCAUUAAUCGUUACCAAAUAUCUUGUAUUUGUUUCUUUUCUCUCUUGGAAUGUGUUUUUCUUUCUUGGUUCGUAGACAAAAUGGUACUUACCAUGAAAAACUCUUACACACGCAAUUUUAGAAGUUGCAAAUUCGAAUAAAUAUUCACUUUAACAAUAUCCACAAUUCAUAUUUUCAAAUUGGAAAAUAUUAAUAGUGUACAAAUAUAACCUAUAAAUUUUGUAAAAAAAAAAAAAAAGGUAUAUAACCUAUAAAAAGAAAUGAGAGAGUAAUACUUUAUUUUUCCAUUAUUAUACGUGAGGCUAAUUGUUUUUUACCUAUAAUAGGAACAAAAGAAGAUUAAUUAAAGGCGCACACAAAGUGAUUCACAAUGUUUCGUGAAUCAACAAUUUUGCCAACGUGAGACACUAAUUGUUUUAUGAUGAUGAACAAUAAGGUUUCACGGAGGCAACGUACUAGAGUAGGAAAAUAUGAAAUGGGAAAAACAAUUGGUGAAGGAAGUUUUGCAAAGGUGAAGUUGGCAAAAAAUGUUGAAAAUGGAAAUUUUGUUGCCAUUAAAAUUCUUGAUCGUAAUCAUGUUCUUCGCCACCAUAUGAAGGAACAGCUGAGUAGAGAAAUUUCAACUAUGAAGAUUAUUAAUCAUCCAAACGUUGUCAAAAUAUACGAGGUAAUGGCAAGCAAAACAAAGAUUUACAUUGUCUUGGAGUUAGUUAAAGGAGGAGAACUAUUUGAUAAAAUUGCUAAGAAUGGGAAACUUAAAGAGGAUGAAGCAAGAAGUUAUUUCCAUCAACUAAUCAAUGCAGUUGAUUAUUGCCAUAGUAGAGGCGUGUAUCACAGAGAUUUGAAGCCAGAGAAUCUUCUUUUGGACAAUAAUGGUGUUCUUAAAAUUACAGAUUUUGGAUUAAGUACAUACUCACAGCAGGAGGAUGAACUUCUCCGCACGGCAUGCGGAACACCGAAUUACGUUGCUCCUGAGGUGAUUAAUGAUAGAGGUUAUGUUGGUUCUACAUCUGAUAUCUGGUCUUGUGGAGUCAUUCUCUUUGUACUUAUGGCUGGCUACUUGCCGUUCGAUGAGCCGAAUCAAAUGACACUUUUUCAGAAAAUUAGUAGGGCUGAGUUCACAUUUCCGCCUUGGUUUUCCGCGGAGGGAAAGAAACUGCUCAAGGCUAUACUUAACCCGGACCCUCUAACGAGGAUAAAAAUUUCGGAAAUCUUGGAAGAUGAAUGGUUCAAAAAAGGAUACAAGCCGGCUACUUUUACGGAGGAAGAUGAUGUCAACGUAGAUGAUGUCGCUGCUGCCUUCAAUGAUUCUAAGGAAAAUCUCGUGAGUGAGACUAAAGAGAAACCCGUAUCAAUGAAUGCUUUUGAGCUUAUUUCUAGAUCUCAAAGCUUCAAUCUUGACAAUAUGUUUGAGAUGGAGCAAAAGGGUGUUGUAAAGCGCGAAACACAUUUCGCUUCACAGCGCCCUGCAAAUGAAAUUAUGUCUAAAAUUGAGGAGACUGCCAAACCUCUAGGAUUUAACGUUCAUAAGCGAGAUUACAAGAUGAAGCUGCAAGGUGAUAAAAGUGGAAGGAAGGGUCACCUUUCAGUAGCUACUGAGGUUUUUGAAGUGGCUCCGUCGUUGCAUAUGGUCGAGCUACGAAAGACGGGCGGCGACACACUAGAGUUUCACAAGUUCUACAAAACAUUUUCAUCAGGGUUGCAAGACAUAGUGUGGCACACUGACAGUGUCAAAUAAAGUAUAUAUAUCUAGAUCUAGGUUCAAGGUGUGCUAGAGAAAUGCACUUGUUUUGAUUCAUGGAACAAACUUGGCAGAGUUUGGCUCAGAACUUGAGGCAUAAUUUCAUUUGACAAUUAAUCUGUACAAAUGAGACUAUUUCAUUAGGCUUAGAACUUGUUUGAUAUGCAGCAUAAGAAAUAACUUGUAUCUUAUUGAAAUCCUGUGCAAAUUAGGGAUUCCUUUAAAAAUUAGGGCUUUUAUGAAGAUAUUUUGAAAUCUUAUAAAAUUAUGUCACAAGUUUUGUCACUGAAA